AUGGGUAGAGUUUUCAAAAAGAAAGGCGGAGCUAAAAGAGAAGCUGAAGAUGAGAAGAAGGAAGAAUUUGUGAUAAAAAAAAAGGCCAAGAAGGAAAAAAGUCCGGAACCUGAGCCAGAACCCGAAUCAGAGUCGGACGAUGACGUUGAAGAUGUGAGUGACGAAGAGGUCGAAGAUGAGGAUGAGGAUGAGGAAGAACAGAACAUCAUGGAUUUCGACUUCGAGGGGUCCGCGCCAUGUGACGACGACCGAGAUGGAAUCGUAAACAUGCUUACCCAAACUUUCCUGCGUACAGAUAUCGACAUGAAAGCGAUGGCCGAAAGCAUUAUCUCCAAAGCUCCGCAUGGAUUAGUUCUUACGCAAGCAUAUGACGAUGAGCAAACUGAAGAAGAUUUCAUGGUUUACGGACUGUGUACCACUUUGGCGUUGAAUGAAAAUAAAGAAAACUCACCGAAAUUCAUCAAGGACAUUUUCACCUACUUGUUGAACCGCGCAAAGAAGGGAGCACCUACUGAGAUCUACAAGAAAAUUGAAGAGAUUCAAGAAGCAGGAGAUGGAAAGACUGGACUUUUUGUGAAUGAAAGACUUCUCAAUUUUCCAACGAUUGUUGUUCCACAACUCUUUGAAAGUAUUAAAACAGAUGUGGAUAAAUUCGAAACCAAGUACAAAACCAUCGUCUACAUUCAGAAGUUGCGAAUCGCAGAAGGUGAAGAGUCGAAUGCUGGUAGUUCUUCUAGUGAAGCGCCACCCAAGAAGAAGGGAAAAAUGGGAAAGGCGGAGAAGAAGAGAGCUGCUGCUGCCGCCCUCGCAAACGCUGAGAUUGAAUUUGAUAAUCCAGAAGAUAGAAUUCUCUUCCAGCUGAAAGAAGGAAAGGAAGUGCAUUUCGAUUUUCCUGUUCACAUGGACGUAGAGCCUGGAAGCAAAUUUCAUACAAUCGAGAAAGAAGGAAAGAAGUACAAUCCAUUCCGUCGUCUUGUUAUCAUGGAUGAAAAACGCUUCGAUGCUUUUUUGAAGAAGGGAUGUGACAGCAUUGUCGUUUAA